GUUCCAGAAACCGGAAGCUGCAUGAGGUGGAGCAUAAACACUUUGCACAACCGAGGAAAGGUCAAGUCAUAGUGGUGGACUCUGACACAGCCUGAAUUUUUUUCGAUCAGUUUGUGAUCCUAACAGCGUUUUAAGGAAAUGCCAAGACGAGGACGAUCAGGAGGCUUUAGCAGGCCUGCCCCUGCCGCCCCUCCCAGGCCCGCCCCUGUCCCAGCUCACCCUCCCCCGGCCGCACCAGCGCCGAUGGCCGCUCAGCCGCGACAACCUGGAAUGUUCGCCCAGAUGGCCACCACGGCAGCGGGAGUUGCUGUCGGUUCAGCUGUGGGUCACACCAUUGGCCACGCUAUGACCGGAGGUUCGGGUGGAGGCUCCGCCCCUCAGGAAGUUGCGGCGGCCCCCGCUCCCCCCGCCCCCAUCGCCCCGGCCGCCCCCGCGGGCCAGCACAGCUACGACCCCAACAGCAACCCGUGCCAGUACCAGCUGCAGCAGUUCAUCGAGUGCACCCAGACGCAGACGGACAUCAGCCUCUGCACCGGCUUCAACCAGGCCCUCAAGGAGUGCAAGCUCCGAUUUGGUCUUCAGUGAUGUGAUAGCUCUGAGAGAGGAACGUGGCAGACAGUCAGCGCUGAAUCACGAGGCAGAACACAUGGUUUUGAAUGAUCUUGGAAUGUGAUUGGCGGUGAAAGAUGGGAGAAAAAUGUCGCGAUGCAGAUAGGAAUGUGCUGAACUGGACUAUGUUUUUCCCGAAAGUCGUAUUAUUGACAUUUUUAUUAGUAUAUAUGUGAGGACUUUAUCCAAGAAGAUAGAAUGUUUGUUUCAGUGUGAUAUAUUUUUGCCGUAUUUUGUGUUGGCUGCCACCUCACAUAAUCUAUUCCAGUGUGAAUUGAAGGAGGUACAUUUCUUCUAUCUCAAGAAUGUACUGAAUGAAAUAACUCAGCCUUUGUGAGUUUGCAGUGGACGUAAAAGUCUUUGAUUUCGUAUUAAUAUUAAGCAGAGAAUUCAGCGCAAUCAUUGAUAGUUUGCUACGUUUUAGGAAUAAAUACAGCUGUAACUAUUUCCUGCUCUGUCUGAGCUGCUGUGGUGAAGGCCAGACCCCCCCCCCCCCAAGAAAAUAUGUUGAUCCUUGUGUUGUGCGUGUCUGUGCCAUGUUCUGAGUUACUGAGGCACGGUUACAGCUUUUCUUUUACCAACAAAUUGAGAAUAAAUAUAUUGCAACAUCUGGCAAGUCUCUCUCACAAUACAGUACUGAUACCGGUAGUAUAUAUUUGUCAUCAGGUGAUACAAGAAAUAAACGUUUUCUGCAGAUUUGUAAAUACA